AACUUUGGAUCAACAUUGCUGUUUCUUCAAUGUGUCACGGAAUUCAACUUCAACACCCAAGGCAAAAGAACGAGCUUGUCAUGUGUGAAUGGACUCUCUUGCUCUCCGCAGCUUCUGGGGCUCGACCGGCUUCUGCAUCCACUAGCUGGUCUGGCUGGUAGUUCAAGGAGUGGGCAAGAUGAAGUUGAUCAAUAUCUCCGCGAAGGAGUUGUCAAUAUCUCGCCAUGCGCUUACUGGAAAGACCAUCAACACAAAUGGCCUGUUCUCGCUCGACUAGCUCGAGAUCUACUCUCCAUUCCGGCUACAGGUGCUGGCACAGAGCGACUUUUCACAGUUGCACAAAAAAUCUGCUAUGCGCAUGGGGAAUAUUUAGAUGAGUCGGCCAUGCAAGACCUAGUGAUGUAUGCGUACUCGGAGGAAUCUGAAAGAGGGAAGCAAUUGAUCAGCCGGCUAGAACGUAACAAGGAAAGUAACGAAGAAUGGGAGGAGUUCGAAACAGAGGCAGAAAGGCCUGAACCGAUCAGCGAGGAUGAGUGGAGCCCAGCUGACGCGAGUAUUGACGAGCGCCCAGAGGACGACGAAAACAGCGAGGCAGACACAGUGAUUCUGGAAAGCGCACCUACGGAUGACCUGGGCCAGGAUAUGGCGGAUGAAGGCGAUGAGGACUCAUUCCUGCCCCCGCCUGUCACGCGGCUCAUCAAUCGCGUUCGAAGAAGAUUCUCAGGCAGAAUGACAGUGAUCUAG